AUGGCGGACUCUGACGUGAUUGUUUUUAAUGUUGCCACAUUCCUAGCGGCCCUGUUCAUCCUCGAGGUUGGGGCCGAUAAAUUCAUCGAUCACACGGCCGUAGUUGCGCGUCGUACGGGGCUUCCUGAGACCGUCGUUGGGCUCCUCACAGCCGGCGGGGAGUGGGAAGAGCUGGCAGUUGUUGUCGCGUCCCUGGCGCGGGGUCGCUCAUCCCUAGCCAUGGGAAACCUGAUCGGCGCCUCCAUCUCCAACAUCUUGGGCGCCUUCUCGCUCGGCCUGCUAUCCUUUGAGACGGGGAGGGCGGCCAAAUUUGACAGGAGCGCGCGGAUAUAUUCGCUCGUGCUACUCGUUCUGACGACCUUCGUCACACCAAUUCUCUAUUUUCCAACGCGUGUCAUAUGGGAGGUGUGUGGCCCUGUUCUCAUCGCCACGUUUGGAAUCUAUCUUCUGCUCGUAGGCCUGGCCAUUGGCCGAGGGGUCCUUACCGCACCCGAAGAUUCCGACAGUGAUAGCGACAGCGAUAGCGAUAGCGACGCAGAGAAGACAGACCCGCUCAUCAACCCUCGCGUGCCAAAGGUGAGAGCCGCUAGGCCAGGCCACCACCCAGAAGCCACACCUCAACCUGCUCCGUCGCGGCGCCGCAGACGCCACACUCUCGGGUACCAUGGCCUCUACCUACUAUUCGGAUUCAUCACCAUCUGUCUCGCCGGCUACAUCCUCUCCCAAGCAGCGGCAAAUAUCACAGACCAGUUUGGCAUCUCGGACGUUCUAUUCGGCGUUGUCAUCCUCGCCAUCGCCACCACGCUGCCUGAAAAAUUCAUCUCUGUCAUGAGCGGCUACCGCGGCCACCCUGGCAUUCUCGUUGCGAAUUGCGUCGGCAGCAACAUCUUCCUGCUGUCGCUGUGUGUUGGCAUUGUCAUGGUUGACACUACGGGUGCUUUGGAUGGAGGCAACGUGACGAUGCCAGAACUGGUGACUCUUUGGGGGUCGACGAUAGGUUUGACCCUGACAGUCUGGUUUGGAGCCAGGUUUUGCCGCUGGAUUGGCGUGGCUAUGUUGGUUGGCUAUGUUGUUUUCAUUGUGCUCGAGGUCACGGUUAUCCAUCGUGUGGCGAAUUAG